AAAAGAGACCAAGAAGAAUGAAAUUCUGCUACCCGCGAAUCCCGCAGUUUUGUUUUGGAUUCAUUUUACCAGUGCUUUUUCAUGAUAGAUCUUCAUUCUGCAAUCUAACGCCGGGGACGCGAAUGGUCGAUCAAGAUGUCAAUUCAAAUUGACAAAGAAACUUUCUUCCGAAGAGUUCAAAAAAUAUACACAGCAUGGAAAAGUGAGAAGGAUGGCGGAGAAGCCAGCAAGUGCGAUGCUCUGGUCUCGUGUGUGGGGGCUGAUCAAGAGGUGAUCUACAGCAAGUCAACGGCUACACAGACAUGGCUGCUCGGGUACGAGCUCACCGAUACUAUCAUGGUCUUGUGCGAGGACAAGCUCUACUUCCUGGCCAGCAAGAAGAAAAUUGAAAUCCUUGACAGUUUGACAAAGAACAAAGAUGACAAAGCGCCCACGGUGGUGACUUUGGUACGUGACAAAGCAGACAAGGAUGCUGCCAACAUCAAGACGCUGGUGGCCGCCAUCAAGGCAAGCAAGAAGGGCAAGACUGUUGGGGUGUACGCCAAGGAGAAGUUCUCUUCUGAACUCGUGGACGCCUGGAGGAAAGCCUUGAAGGACUUUGAACAGGUGGAUGUGAGCAACUGGAUGGGUGUGCUGAUGAGUGUGCGGGAGGAUGGCGAGGUCAACACCAUGAAGAAGUCGUCCCUGGCUACCGUGGACGUCUUCAACAAGUACCUCAAGGAGCAGCUCAUGGACAUCAUUGACAGGGACAAGAAGGUGAAGCACAGCAAAGUAGCAGAGGGCGUGGAGGCGGCCAUGACAGACAAGAAGUAUGUUAGCGUAGACCCUCAGCUGUGCGAGCCUUGCUACCCUCCCAUCAUCCAGAGCGGCGGCAACUAUGCCCUCAAGUUCAGCGUCAGCAGCGACAAAAGCGUGCUGGAGUUUGGGGCGAUCGUGGUGUGCCUGGGCGUGCGCUACAAGAACUACUGCAGCAACAUCUGCCGUACGUUCCUUGUCAACCCUUCAGACAAGAUGCAGAAAAACUACGAGUUUCUGCUCACUGCUUAUGAGAAACUCAUCGAGAAACUUAAGGCCGGGCGUCGUCUGAGCUCCGUAUACGAGGAGGUGGUUGCCUACGUCACGGAGCACAGGAAGGAUCUCGUCGAUAAACUCACUAAGAGCUUCGGGUUCUGCACGGGCAUUGAGUUCCGCGAGUCAGCGCUGGUUCUUGGCCCCAAGAGCAGUGGCCGCCUAUUGGCCGGCCAAAUCUACAACGUCAGCCUCGGCAUCGCUGACCUCACCAACGCUGACGCUAAGAACAGCACUGACAGCAAAUACGCGCUCUUCAUUGGCGACACAGUCCUUGUUAAUGAGGACGGGCCGGGGACACUGCUGACGGGGGGCAGCAAGAAGAAGCUGAAGAAUGUUGCGGUGUUCCUGAAGGAGGACGAGGAUGGCGAUGAUGAUGAAGAUGAAGUCAAGGACACUCCCGAGAUCAUUGAGGGGGGCAGAGGGGGCCGGCGCAACGCUAUACUUGAUUCCAAGCUCAGGCAAGAACAAUCGUCAGAGGAGAAGCGCAAGCUGCACCAGAAGGAGUUGGCGCUCGCCAUGAACGAGGCUGCCAAGGAGCGCCUAGCGUCCCUCAAGGGCCAGAGCGGCGACACCAAAAUCCGCAAGAGCAACGUGAGCUACAAGUCUGCCUCCUACAUCCCGCGGGAGCCUGCCGUCACCUCCCUCAAGCUCUAUGUCGAUCGGAAGUACGAGACGGUUAUUCUGCCCAUCUACGGGCUGCCGGUCCCCUUCCACAUCUCCAUGAUCAAGAACAUCGGACAGACGCUCGAGGGCGACUACACUUACCUCAGGAUCAACUUCUUCCACCCCGGCGCCAGCAUCGGCAGGGGCGAGGUCUCCUUCCCCAACCCCGACGCCAUCUUUGUCAAGGAAAUUACAUACCGCAACAGCAACAAGAAAGAGCCUGGUGAGCUGACGGCUCCUUCAUCAAACCUCAACGAGGCCUUCAGGUUGAUCAAAGAAGUCCAGAAGAAAUUCAAGACGCGCGAGGCCGAAGAAAAGGAGAAGGAGAACCUGGUCAAGCAGGACACGCUCGUCAUAUCCAACAAUAAGAGUAAUCCUAAGCUUAAAGACCUCUGCAUUCGCCCCAACAUCGUACAGAAAAGGAUCAACGGUACACUGGAGGCCCACACCAACGGCUUCAGGUACACGAGCGUGCGAGGGGACAAGGUCGACAUUCUCUACAACAACAUCAAGAACGCCUUCUUCCAGCCCUGCGACGGCGAGAUGAUCAUCCUGCUGCACUUCCACCUCAAGCACGCCAUAAUGUUCGGCAAGAAGAAGCACCUUGACGUGCAGUUCUACACGGAGGUGGGGGAGAUCACGACGGACUUGGGCAAGCACCAGCACAUGCACGACAGGGACGACCUCAGCGCUGAGCAGGCGGAGCGAGAACUUCGUCACCGCCUCACCUCUGCCUUCAAGAGCUUCACUGAGAAGGUAGAGACGCUGUCUAAGAGUCAGGUGGAGUUCGACACGCCCUUCAGAGAGCUGGGCUUCCCUGGCGCGCCCUUCCGCUCCACAGUCUCCCUCCAGCCCACCUCUGGUUGCCUGGUGAACCUGACCGAGUGGCCGCCGUUCGUGAUCGUGCUGGAGGAGGUGGAGUUGGUGCACUUCGAGCGCGUGCAGUUCCACCUCAAGAACUUCGACAUGGUCUUUGUCUUCAAGGACUACACCAGGAAGACGGCCAUGAUCAACGCCGUGCCCAUGAACAUGCUCGACCACGUCAAGGAGUGGCUCAAUUCGUGCGACAUCCGCUACAGCGAAGGCAUCCAGUCGCUCAACUGGCCUAAGGUCAUGAAGGCCAUCGUGGACGACCCUGACGGCUUCUUCGAGCAGGGCGGGUGGUCGUUCCUGGACCCCGACAGCGACGAGGAGGACGAAGCUGAUGAGGACUCUGAGGAGGAUGAGGCUUACAACCCAACCGACGUGUCCGACGAGGCCGCCAGCGACGCUUCUGACUCGGAGGACUACAGUGAUGAGGCUUCUGAGGACUACAGUGACGACGAUGGUGAUGAUAGUGGAGAGGCCGAGGGAUCAUCGGAGGAGUCAGGCAAGGACUGGAGUGACCUGGAGCGCGAGGCGGCGGAGGAGGACAGGAACAAGAACAACUACGACGACUACGAAGACGACCGCCAUAAGAAGAAGACUCUGACCAAGAAGUCGUCUCACAGGUCCCCUGAGAAGUCUCAUAAAUCCUCGCACAAGUCUCACAAGUCCUCGUCGUCAUCGCACAAGUCGUCUCACAGGUCCCCUCAUAAGUCCUCUCAUAAAUCCCCUCACAAGUCCCCUCACAAGGACAAGAAACGAAGCAGAGAUGACAGCCGCGACCACGGCAAAGAUAAGAAGAAAAGCAGGCGCUGAUGGUGAAGGACCGAUGCUGCUCUCGCUUGGUCUCCGUCUGUCACCACAUAGUGAAACAUUUAUUUUACCCUGUCAUUGAUAAACGGAUACCAGAAUUUUAGCCUCCUUGUUUUAGCCAUUGUGCACAUUUUUGGUUCAUUUCCAGCAUUGAAACUAGGAAGACAUUCUCCUCACUGUUGCCCGUAUCGGUGUGACCGAACCGGAGCUAUUUUCUUAUGUACCUUGUGUAUCUCUUUAGUUGACGUAGUAUAGAGUCAUGUGAA